AUGAAAUAUCGCAUAAAAACAAUUACUGGAGCAGAUAUUUCAAUAGAACUUGACGAACAUCAAACAGUUGGAGAUCUACUAACAGCAGCAUGUGAACAGCUGAAUAAACCCGUUGAAAAAUCACUUCUAAUCUUUGCAUCAAAAAAAUUAACAAGUCUAAAUGAAAUUUUAGCAAAUAUUGGAUACACAGAAGACAAACAUAUCAUAAUUCAUACAAUAGGCACAAACAAAUCCGAAUCAGAUCCUCCAAACUCGAGUGAAAUUUCAGUACCUGAAAAUAAAGAAGCAAAAGUGGACAAUGAACAAAAAACUAGAGAACAGGCAGAAAAUGCAAGGAAACAAGAAUUUGCUCAAGCAUUAGAGAAUAUUACUGCAAUGGGAUUUUCAGCUGAUCAUGCUGAAGCCGCAUUACGCCUAGCAGAUGGUAAUCAGAACGCUGCCCUCAACAUUAUACUACAUCGACGAAGCAGUCAGCCGAGAUUAAACGAGCGACGUAUAGAAGAACAAAGAAUUCGAACAGCGAGACGUAGGAAUGCUAAAAAGAUAAGAUUAUCCCCAUUGACACCGCAUAGACAAAAACAUCAUGUUUAUGAAAUUCCAGGAUUUAAUGUUACAAAAAAUCGAGAGUUUGAGAAACCAAUUAGCAAUAUCUUCACAGAAUUUAUUCAAAAUAAUGAGCAAACAAUGGAAAGACUCAAUACUGUAAUUCAAGAAGAAAGUCUUGAAUUUUUAGAUUCAAUUCAACAAAAUCCGACACCAAUGGUUACAAUGCUAGGUUUGAUAGUUCAAUCAAAUGAGUUCAGUGGAAUUCAAACAAGUCCUUAUUCUGAAGUUUUUACAGAACCAUUGAUUUCCGCUUUUGACCUGACUCCCGAUGAAAUCCCAGUUAUAGAGAGACUUCUACAUAUCGGAGCUCCACUCACUGUUACUGUUCGAGCAUUUCGAACUUCAAAUAAUAAUGAAGCUCUGACUAGACAGUUCCUAAGAUCGAGAUACAUUUAA